UGCCAGUCUACCCUAAGUCUGUGGUAUUGUAGAAAAGGCCAUUCAAUUAGGAGUCAGAAAGGGGGAGGAGUCGAGCUGUUUGACCCGCCACAGGUGGCGAAUGAUCCUGAUCCUACACACCUACAGCUGACUCUGCUGGUCGCAGGAUUUGUCAGUCAUUUGCAACAGAGGCGAGAAGGACAUAUACACUUUCAGGAAGAGACUGAACGGUAUCCUCUUUGGAAUAGAACAAACAUCCAAUCCAUUGUGUGUUUUCCCACAAUUAGUGAACUUUGCAGCGUUUCCUACGUUACACCUGUCCUAAUAUUGGGGCAGGAACCAUGGCUUUGCUCCUGCGGGCUUUGGGCUUUACCGGUUAGCCGUGGUGCCACAGGAGAGGAUGGCACUGCUCAUGUCUGGAUGUGAAGGUGAGCUUGAAUUGUCGAAGCAGCCCGACCAAGAUGAGGAAUACGUUUGUCUGCCUCUCCAUGAAAGCACAAGGCAAGACGAGGAAGAGCUUGUAUUUCUACCAAGUCAUGAGGGCUACAAACAAGAGAAAGAAAUGGAUGAAGAGCAAGAAGUUUUAUGUGAAGUGUUGUGUGCGGACAGAGUGGGCCAGAUGACAAAGACGUACAGUGACAUCGAUGCUGUCACUCGACUGCUGGAAGAGAAAGAGCGUGACUUGGAGUUAGCAGCUCGUAUCGGACAGUCCUUGUUAAAGAAGAACAAAGCGCUCAGUGAAAGGAAUGACCUGCUGGAGGAGCAAGUAGAGCACAUACGAGAGGAGGUAUCUCAGCUGCGUCAUGACCUCUCCAUGAAAGAUGAGCUGCUGCAGUUUUACACCAACGCUGCAGAGGAAAGUGAGGGGGAGUCCAGCACCUCCACGCCUGUGUGUCCAAGUGAACCUUAUGUGUCCGCUCCAGCUGUUUUCCCCCUGGACUCCUUACAGAAGAAACUCAAAGAUUUAGAGGAAGAAAACAAAUCUCUCCGAUCAGUGGCAACCCACCUGGAGACUGAAACCAUCUCCUACGAGGAGAAAGAGCAGCAACUUGUCAAUGAUUGUGUCAAAGAGCUACGAGGGGCCAACUUGCAGAUUUCUUCUCUGGCUGAAGAGCUGGCAAGAAAGUCGGAUGACGCCUCGCGGCAGCAGGAGGAGAUCACACAUCUGCUCUCUCAGAUUGUAGACCUGCAGAAGAAGGCCAAGCUUUAUGCUGUGGAAAACGAAGAACUCACACAACACUUGGGUGCUGCCAAAGAUGCUCAGAGACAGCUCACUGCUGAGCUGCGUGAGUUGCAGGACAAGUAUGCAGAGUGUAUGGAGAUGCUCCAUGAAGCUCAGGAGGAGCUGAAGAACCUGAGGAAUAAAAGUUUACCCCUCAGCAAUCCCAGGCGUUUCCAUUCUCUGGGCUUGUUCCCAAUGGACUCUCUGGCAGCAGAAAUUGAAGGAACCAUGAGGAAAGAGCUACAGAUGGACGAUCCAGACGUAGAAGAGCAGAGACUGCAUCCAAAGCGAGUCUUCCAAACGGUGAAGAACCUCAACCUGAUGCGUCAGCAGCGAUCCUCUGCAGCUCCUUCACCCCUCAACAUCCCCGGCUCCAAUCAGACCUCCUGCUUCACCUCGGGCCGCUCCAGCAGGGUUGGCACACCGUUCUCCGCCUCCAUGUUUGGGAGUGAGACGGGCAGCGGGAUCAUCCUGGACAACAGGACGAGCAGCGUGUCAGACAGUCCUGAUGGGUCAGAGGACUCCAACAAGCGCCCCCCUGGUACGCCCGGGACCCCAGGCGGCAGAGACUUGGAGGCCGCUCUUCGUCGCCUGUCCCUCCGUCGGGACAACUACCUCUCAGAAAAACGCUUCUUUGAGGAGGAGAGAGACAGGAAACUGGCUUAUCUGGCAAAGGAUGAGGAAAAGGAAAGCGGGGAGGGAAGUGGAGGCCCAGGAACCCCAACAGAGAGUCUGUUGUCGCUGUGCUCACAUCCCUCCAUGAGUAACAUGUGGUCAGGAUUCUCAUUCACCUCAAGGUCCUACCUCCCGGAGAAGCUGCAGAUCGUAAAGCCGCUAGAAGGUUCUGCUACUCUGCAUGCAUGGCAGCAGCUGGCCCAGCCCCACAUGGGGGCUCUGCUGGACCACCGGCCCGGUGUGGUCACAAAGGGCUUCCGUAACUUACCCCAGGAUCAGGAGCAGGAAGACGGCUGGCAGCUGGACCAGCCAGAGGAGGACGAAGAGCCAUGUGACACGCCCCCCUGCCUGCCAGGGGAGAGCCCCGCCCCCUUUGGUCUGCCUCAGUCUACCUCGACUCCGUCUGUCUGCUGCCACAAAUUUGCUGACAUUGACGAAAACCUUCAGUCGAACGGACUGGGUGUAAUCUUAGAAACGGCUGAAGGGAAGGACGGACGUGUCGGAAGCAUGCCCCCUCCCCACUCUUCCUCUCCACUCCCUCCUCCCUGCGAGAGCAGCAGGGAAAAGGAGUUCCAGGCCCUGCAGCAGAGCCCUGUGGACCACAUGCCUGUUUAUUUCCCAGGGAAGUGCAUGUCCCACACCAGCUCCACCUACACUUUCACCACCUGCAGGAUCCUCCACCCCUCUGAUCAGCUGACCUCUGUUUCACCAAGCUCAGCUGUAUCCACGGGUCAGAACAGUGCCGGCUUUGGAACACCCACCCACGCAUCCUCUCCUUUAGCCUCCACACCCUCCUACACCCCCUGUUGCACCCCACGGCGUCUCUCACUUUCGCUCUCUCACGCCGAGUCCUCCACCAACCUCAGGGACUCCACCAAGACGACCAGCACCUCCCUGGGCUUGGUGCACCUCCUGCUGGAGCAUGGAAUUUCUGCCUCUGUGUAUAACCCGUGCAGCUGGGACAGAGGGUUGGGGGCUCGAGGGGCUUUAAUGAUGAGAGUGGGGCAGGAGCAGAGAUGCAUCGCCAGACCAGCAGAGAGUGAAGUCAAACAGUCGCUGAAACGACCAGAUCUGCUCCUGCUCCAGCCUCACACCCCGCCCACCUCACCUGACUCCAAAUCCUGCUCCUCCACCUCGACGGCUCCAGCGUUUCAGUUCAGCCCCUCCACUGAAGACCCGCCGUACUAUGAUGCCUUCCUCGCCUCCAAACCGGCCCGCACAAUUCUGAGAGAAGUUCUGGGAGAGAUGGAGCGAGAUAAACAGAUGGACGACGACAGCCAAGCAGAGGUGACCAACCUCGGACUUGUGGACAAACUCAAACAGUUUCGCACGCUUUCUCCCUUCUCCGCCUCGGCCUCAUCUGGGAGUGCUCUGUUAGCGUCCUUUGGCUCCGGCGGGGUGGGAAAUGCUGCUUUAGGCGGCGGCCUUCCGGGUUUGAACGCAGGACUGAGGCGGAACAGGAGCUAUCCUGCUUUAGUGGGGGCCAGCAUGGCCAUGAAAGACCCCGGCGGCCCUCCGUGCACAGACAUUCUCAUACCACACGCACCCCACGCAGGCAAAACCCGAACAACUGACAAGGACAUGCACACACCCGAGGCUCUGGAUGGACGGGAGACGGUCACACAACACACAGCGGUUCCUAAACACACACGGGCGACACUCGAAUGAAAUAACAGAGGCUGCUUAGACCACAAUUCCACAUAUGUUUGAAUAUCGCACACAUACAUUUAGCAUUUUCCAUUCAAACUGAGCAGCUGUUGAAGCUGCACCAAACCACAGGACUGCAAACGGAGCGUUGACUAAAACCAGUCCUGACUGAAGCUGUUACUGUUCUUCUCACACACCAUCAGCCAGACUGAUGAUCAUCAAGUAUGUGGCCUUUCUCUCUCUCUUUUUAUUAUAUGAUGUAUAUGCAAUAGAACUGACAUAAGGUGUAAGAAUGAAAAAAACAAAAACUCUCCCAAACCAUGAAAAGUUUUGACUUAUAGACCUUUUAUUCAUGCUGACAUAAGUAUGUGUUUUUUGUCAGUCAUCUUUUAAUAUGGGGAGGUGUUUGACUCCAGCACUGUGUUUAUUGUUCCUCAAUAAGAUCAAUAAUCAGAAAUGAACUCAGCAUUGUUGUUACUGCGUCUGUAGGAGGUCAUAUAGGUGCCAUGAUGAAAUUAUAGGUUUGUUGCGUCACAGCUGCUCUGUCUGAGCUGGGAUUAUUUAUUUGUUCAUAACUUUCAUCCAAACCAUUGUUGUAUUUUAAUAUUGUAUAAAUUGAUCUUUUUUUUAAUUUAAAUAGUAUUAAUAGCCUUAGAAAUGACUCCAUCACUCACCCAGCAGUUUCUGCUUUCAAACCGAAUCCAUAUAGGGGCUUUUAAUUUGCCCUGAUGCUGUGACCGAAUGUACUUCUGUGCCUAAAGACCAACACGUCUCAUCUCCUCGCAGAUGCAGCGUGUGUUGCAUUUGUUGAUCGUUUUAAUUUGCCUUUCAUUUUUCUGUAAAUUCGACUCAAUGCAGUUGUGUGCAUCCUAAGGCGCCCGCACUUUCCCAUGAGACAUCUCCAUGUGGUUAUUGUUCUUGUCCUGACGGGUCUUAGGCCUCACAGGUCUUCAGUGUUUCCCGAUGGAUCAGAGGAGAGCAGGUCCAGUUAGACAAACAGAACACUGUGACCGCAGAGCUGCAGGGAAUCCACAACUUCUCCGUUUUCUCUCUUGAUUAUGUUCUGCUGUUCUCAUAAAGUCCUUACAGUCUGGUUAAAAAAAAAAGAUGGAAGUUGAAUACGAAUGUAGAGGAGUUUGAUCUGGGGCUUUCUUACACUGAAAUAUGAUCUAUCAAUGCCAAAGUUACAAUGGAAGAAUUUUGCAAGUAAUUUUUUUAUAAUUUAUAACCAUAAAACAUUUCAAGAAUGACCUAUAAUUUCCAAAAAUUCAACAGCUUAGCAGAGCUGUGUUGCCAACCCUGAAAGAUGUUCUGUCAGUGUCAUAGACUGAGUUAAAAUGACUGAUGAAUAACUGAAACGUACACUUCUGCAGCCUGAAAUCCAUUUUUGAAGUAACUGACUAAAUGUUAUGGCUAUAGCACAGUGUGUAGAAGAAAAUAAAAAUAGCAGUAUUGGAACUAAAAACAGUUUGACUGAAGCAACAAGAGUGAAGAUAAGUGUGUAUAUGUGUGAAGAUUUCCUUUGUGUAUUUGAAUGUAAUUUAUUCUAGUUUUCAUGCUGUAAGGCCAUGUAUCUGCACAGUAUGCUGGUUUAACCUAAGUUGACCUCAUGAAGGGAGGUUUUAUUGCAUUGUAAAUUUAUGCAACAAACAUGCUAACUUUAUAAAAAAAAAAAGUUUAUUAAAAACAAUAUCAUUGUGUUGUUUGUGUAGGAUAAUGGUGGAAUGAAGCUGAUCAGAGUCCGAGUUCUAUUUUACAGAACUGGUUGCACUAUUAAUAAAGGGAUAAAUGCAUCAAA